CGUAGAUACUGCAUAAUGUUAGUUUUUAAAUACUGUCAACUUUGCAUGAUGGUGUAUGAGUACUGCUAACAUUUGCCUUUUUAAAACUUUGACAGCCAACAGCGUCAAGCUUUGGAGAAAUACGGGCAUCUGCAACUCAUACAUUUUUCUUCUGCAUUUUAAUACAACUGCAAUACAAUAACUCUCGUUUAAUACAAUGGAACAUAUAGAAUUAAAGUCCGACGAAAUAAUGGAAGGGUUCGAUGAUAGCAUUGCGUACGACAGAGCACUAAAAAAGUUUAAGUUUACGCUACCUGAUACGCCGUCAGAGACAAGUACUUCCAGAAAGCGGAAAUUAUCUGGUGGGGAUACACAAUCACCGAGGGAUAGUUCCAAUAAUGCCAUAAAAUCUUUUAUUUCGUCAGCAGGCACACCCCCAAAUCCUUGGGAAACUAGAUGCCUUAAAGCAGAUCUUAUAGAAUCGAGGGCCAGAGUGUCACAUUUAAAAGAAUUCAUUGAUGAACAACACAAAGCUCGCGCACAACUCGAAGAAAUACAUCGAAUAGAGGUUAAAGAUUUGCAAAGGCAACUAGCUUCUUCCACAAAGAAGAUAGAGGAUGCAGAAACACAACUAGAGGUGAUAUGCAAACAGGAACGAGCGGCUAAAGAAGAAUUGUUGAGAAUGCAACGUGAGUUUAAUUGUAAAAAACACGAUUUGGAAGAAACUAUACUUAAGCUCCAGAAAUCAAAAUAUGAAAUAGAAACAGAAGCACGGCAAGCGCAAAAUCGCAUGACCAGCGAACUGGAAGAAUAUAGACUUCAGGCAGACAACUUGACUAUGGAAUUGCGAUUACUCACUGGUGAGCUGGGUGUUGUGGCUGAACAGAGCGAAAGUUAUCAAGAGAAAUCAAGCCUUUAUGACAAUUUAAAACUGCGACAUGAUAAAGUUUUAUAUGUACUUGAUUUUGCUAAUUCAAAAAUAAAAGAUUUGGAAAGUAAAAUCGCCUCUUAUGGAGAUUGGAAAGAAAUAACAAAGAAUAACUAUGCGCGUCUUCUAAAGUUUUCUGAGAUGGAAAAAGAGGUCGAGUUCUUACGUAUCAAAAAUAAACGUUUGCAUGAGCUGAUAGGUAAUAAACUAUUGCUGGAAGAACAAGUAUAUGAUUUAAAAACGCGCCUUGAAAAGGAGGAAAGAGGCAAAGUAGAGGCUGCUGCAUUACAAGUUCAAUUAAAACACACAAAAGAUGAACUAGUGGCAUGGAAAAAAAUAGCCCAAGAUCACUGUCCCACUAAUGUCAAAGCUAAUCCUUUGGCAUUACGUGCCAGAAUUGAGGAACUGUUGCAAAAAGAUAUAGUAAUGGUGUCAGAAAAAAAUGCAAAAGUAUCGGAAACUAAAUGCAUAGAAUCCGAUUUGUUUGAAUAUAAAGAGAAAUGCGGUAUAUAUGCUAAGAAUAUUGAAACUCUAUAUGAAGCUCUAAAGAGACAUGAAAAUAACGAAGAACGUAUACAAAGGAAAUUACAUUUGGUUUCCAAGGAGCGUGACUAUUCUAAACAAUUAUUGGAAAAUUUCGAUAAACAUUUAACAAUGUCCAAUACUUGCGUUAAAACAAAUCUGGAAACUCAACUACGCAAACGUGUUGAAACGCUAGAAAAAAGUCUAGCGGGGUACAAGGAGGAACUUUCCAAAUUGGAAACUGAAUUGUCAAAUACUAAAAAGUUACCGCAAUCAGAACAGCAGCUGGAAAGUGUUGAUGGGGGCUAUGAAUAUAUGAAAAAAGAACUUGACUUACGCCUAGAUAAUGCAAAGAUUCGUAGACGGAACGAAGAAUUGGAACUAGAAUUAGAGAUUCGCUGUUCGAAGAGUCACUUCAACGUUGAUAGUUACAAAGCCUUGCACUUGGGGAACAAUACUACUUCAAACGAAUGUAGAUCAUUAUUUGAGGAACUACAAGCAGAGAUUGAAAGCCUUAAACGUGCACAAUCCCUUCUGAAUGAAACAAAUUAAAUGACUAUGAAUAUAUGAAGGAAUCGAAUUAAUUAGGAGCAGAGCUAGAAUCUAACAAUCAUAAAAUAAAAUAAAUUAAAAGGAGAAUAUAAAGAUGUAAAUUCAGAAAUUCGUAAAGUUGUUUAUAUGAUGUUCGGCUAUAGAGUGGAUCAUAUUGGAAAUAAUGGAUAUUGUAGAGUUUCCAGCAUGUAUGCGGAGAGUCCAAAUGACUAUAUAAAUGAUUACAUCUAUUUGAUGAUAAAAGUAAUUUAAAAUAAUUAGAGACUCCUUUAAACUAACUUUAAAAGAUUUUAUUGAUACACUUUAAAUUGACAAAAAAUCCAAUUAAUUCUUUUCCAAUUUCUUUUUUUAGUUCUUUAAUAUUAGAGUCAUAUGACCGAA